AUGCUGGAAUACACGGAGCUUUACAGCUUCCUGCCGUAUGUGCUGUUAACGGUCUCACUGAUUAUAGUGUUGGACUUGGCACUAUGGUACAAAGCAGGUAUCUGGAUUGGCGGUUUCAAUCCGUUUUUAUUGAAGCUGAGUGGUAUCACGGUGAGGGACAGACUCUAUGUGGGCCAGGUGCGUUACCACCUAUUAAGAAGGGCGGUUUUCGUGGGAGACUUGAAAUUUACGUCGGGUGAGCGCGUGCGCCGUGGUAUUCAGCGCGAUGGAAGUCAAAAAAUCCAGCUACGUGUGCCAGAAAGUGGUUUGCUAUGGUUGGAGGGUGUUCUCCGUUUCUUUCGCACGCUUUCGGUGACGAUUGAAAACAGCGAGAUCGAGGAUAUUUCCGUACGCUGGAUGUCGCUCGAUGUCAAGUACAUGGGUGAUCGGUUGGCCUUUUCAGUGUCGCUUCAAAAUAUCAAGCACAAUAAGGUCUGUCUGCUGAAGUCUGGUGCGCUCGAGGUUCUCGGCUGUUUCACAAAAGACAGUCCCUUUGGACUAACAUGUGUUGAACUGAGUGUCAAGUUUCUUCAACUCACAGUGCCUGUGAGUAACCUACUAGCACUAUUUACCUUGGGCAAAGAAGAAGAUGAGGACGUCGAAGGCUUUGCUCGUAAUAUUUUCGAUGGCAUGACCGAAGAUCCACAACUGAAUGCACAGAAUUGUGUGGAGAUGAUGAGAUCAAGAGUUACCACGUUGCAUAGCUACUUUUCCCAUCUAACUAAGGUUGAUUUUUUUGUUGAUAAGGUUAACCUGGCAGAUAUACCACCCAGCUUAUUGCCUGAGUUGUCAUCUGCCUGUGAGCCUUUGAAAUACGAAGUUGCGCUUUCUAGUUUUACUUUUCAAGUCACCCGUUUUAGCACCGAACAGCCAGGGUAUAGUAUCCUUUUCAAAAAGUCUGAUAGACCGGUAAGGGUCCGUAUCACAUUGUCAUCGUUGCAGUGCGCUCUCAAGUUAAAUGCUCCUAAGAAUCCCUCUGAAAAGGCAUCUGAAUACAUUCGGUUUUUUGAUGUUCCUAGUAUUAUUCUAUAUGGUGAUACUAAUAUCUUUUCUGAAAGAUUUUUGACUGGGUCAACUGCUGUUUCUGAUACGAUUGUCAAAUUGGUGGGCCAUGUUUCUUCACCUACCAUAGAUAUUGAAAUUGAAAAGCUCUCGAUCUUGAAAUCACUGUAUGCGAAUAUCAUGGUACUGACUAGUAUGUUCAACAAGAUGCGCAGUGCGAGCGGUAAGGAAUUGCCUACAGCUACAUCACGCUUAAAUGCAUUGGAGAAGAAAACGAUACUAUCAUAUCUGACGCAAAUAAUUCCAUCCGUCGAGAGUAAGAUAACUGUUGAAGAUCCUGUAAUUAUUAUCAAUGAUGGGGAAGACUUCAUCUUCCAGAAGUGCUCAAUCCUUUCAUUCCAAACUAUUACCCAUAAAUGCAAUCUCGCUAGGCGUAGAAGUAACGCACAACUGGGAUACAACUUCGACGUUAAUUUUGAGAUUUUAGACUUUGAUACGUCGCACCAUUCAAAAAACAUCGGCUACGUAAAUCAAAUUCUGAAGCUGGAUAGUAUAAACAUGAAGUUAGUGUCUCAGCUGAUACCAACCUUGCUCAUGUCAUUACAUUUUACUGUGGACCUCUUAAAGUGCGAUUUAUCUGAUUUGAAAACCUUGGUGUUCCUGAAUCGGAUUAUUCGUAAGUUGAACUCCCAAAUGUUAAAUGUUGAAGAAGAAUAUUUCCUUCAAAUAUACCAGCAGUUUGCAUCCCAAUUAGAAGAGCUAGGCAAACGUGAAGAAAACACAAAUGUCAUCCCCAUUGAUCGGAAAUUGUUUCAGCAUCUACCAUCCUAUCUCGAUAGCAUCAAUUUGGAGAUAACAGAUUUCUCUCUACUCGUCGGCUCCCGUUCCGUUUUCUUACCAGAAGAUAAAUAUGUUUCGAUGCUUCAGCAAAGCACGUAUGAUUUUGUUAAUGGCGAACUUCGCAAACUGCAUUGCACGUUUGGUAGUGCCCAACUAGUUUUGAAUAAUACAGGCAGGAGGGCGAUGGAAAAAGGUGACAGGACAAAUGCUGGAAAUUUUGAAUCCACUAACGGUGAAGGAUUUUCAUACGAUGAUAGUGGUCUAGAGGCGCAUACGACUGAUUUCGGUACUAGUGACCCAGAGCUAUGGAGUCUUAGCUUUCAGUGCAAGCAAGUAUUGGGUACCGUCUUCUCAGAAACUAAAAGGAAUAGUGACUGCCUAGUUUCCAAGACUGUCUUUAAACUGCCUACAGCAUCCGCUUUAUUUCAUCCGCAGUUAGAAGCAGAGAAGCUCGUUUUAGAAUUGAAGAUUGACAAAUCAGAAGUUUUAGUGUCAUUAAUGACCUUGUUUUUGGUUUUCUCGGCUCUACAAACAUUUAAGCAGGUGUUUUCAAAAGAGAUUACUGCCCAUAGGAGGUUUACAUACGCUGAGAAGUACCAGGAAUAUGUGGCUUCGACAAGGCGGAAAUUUAGACCUAAAUUUGACAAGGCACGGCUAUUAAAACUCCUGGAAUUUCACCUGGAGUUUAAACAUUUGGAUAUGGUAACCGUUUUACCUAAUGGUGUAAAAUGCCGCUUUGAGAUAUGCACCUCCCAAUCUAGUUUUGCUGACGCUAAUGAUAUCUCAAUUUAUGGUCAUUAUUUUAGGAUGUGUGUUGAGUCUCCGUUGAUGAAUCAAAAAUGGUUUCGUAUGUUGGCAAUUGUGGACUUCAACGCUCGGCUGGACAUCCGUAGCUGGAAGAUAAGACGCAAUUGGGAUGAAUUCAAGGCCAUGGAGCCAGCUGUUAUAAUCGAAAACCAAUCUUGUCAUUGGCAGAUUCCGCACCGUUUUGAAAUGCAUAGAAUUUUUGACAACAUAAGCACUAUGUUUAAAACUAUCAAGCAAAUGGUUUACUCCUUAAAAACGUGCAAACAUAGCGUGGUAGUAUUUCCAACUGUUACCGCUGCACCAGAGCUUCCGAAGAUUACGAUGCGGUCCAAGCGCUUGAUUUUUAGCGUGGAAGACGAUCCGUUUGAGACAGAUUUAGCUAUGAUCUUCCAAAUUGGUAUGCAAGAACAGCGCUCUCGUCUAGAGAAGUAUCAUGUUUUUGACGAGUGGUUGAAUACCAAGCUUCAAGCCAAUGGAAAUAGAAAUGCAAGAGAUUCGGAUUUUAACGAACGACCAAUUACACCUUCUAGCGCAACAUUUGCCCAACAAUUUGCUUCAAAAGGCAUUCAUCAUCCAACUAAUGAUGUGCUAGAACAUUCAACAAUAGAGAGUGUUUUAUCCCAACAUGAAUAUGAUAUUUGUUUGGAUAGAUACAAUAAGCUACAAGAAAAUAUAUCUGCCUCAUGGAUAAGGCGGGUACAAAUGUGCCACAGGAAGGAAAAGAAAGUCUUUAAGGAUGGAUUCACUUUUUUAUGGGGUAAAACGGACAGUUUGAAGCUUCCUUCAACUAUUGAUAAGGGUGUUAUUGACUUUGUACCAUCUCCAAACUUGAUGACUAUCAUUGCUGAGGGGGUAAACAUUGAUAUUUUUAGACCAUCAUGUGGACUGGAUAAUACGGCUGAUUUUAUUUACUCUGUUGGAAAAGGGGUUCCAAAAGAUACCAGAUAUACUUUGAUGCUUCCCUUUUAUAUUGACGCAAAGCUGGAUGAAUUAAGGUGGCAUCUUAAGGAUUACCCACUACCGUUAGUCCAUAUGCCGAAGCUAUUGCCUUCCCAACAAGGUUCUUUUCCGGCUAUACAUUUGUAUGGUGACCUCUUUAUUACUGAGGAUAUGAUUCAAUCAACCAAGGAGCUACGAACGAUAUUUGUGCCGCUUGUUCCUUCCGUUACUUCUUCUGAGAUAGACCUAUAUUAUUCGUUGCGCUUCCGCCGGUCUUUAACGCCUAUUAAAAUUUACAGUCAGGUAACAAUGGAUAUACACUCGAAAGACAUCACGAUGGUGACAUGGGGUGGCUCUUAUGAAGCUGCUAUACAACAGGCCAUGAAUUGUUUAGACAAUUUUUCGAAACCUCCAGUUGAUCCAUCCAAGAAAAUAGGCUUCUGGGAUAAAAUUAGGAAUAUGUUCCAUGCCAAGAUUAAUAUUCGCUGGCCUAGUGAAGGGCUUUUUGAAGUAUCCCUCAAGGGGUUAAAGGAUCCUUACGCAAUUGGAGGCAAAUCUGCCGGUUUUGUUAUUGGUUUAAGAGGCAAUGCGGAGUUGAAGAUUAAUGCUGAUAAUGAUCCAAAGAAAUUUCUUGCUUGUUCAGCGGAUGAUAUCUAUUUUGCAAUACCAAAUUAUUUUGCAAAACCACUUCUUGUCUGGUGUAAUAGUUCUGAAAAUGCUGUAUUCAUUCCGAGCCAAAAUGAUACUAAUUUACAACGCUCUGCAGCAUACUACUAUUUCAUUGACUUGAUGCCGGUACCUAAUGCAAAGAUGGAAAGGGAAAUAAUGUAUAGAAGGUACAUUGAAAAGUCGGCAAUCAAGUUAAGUGGUGGAAUUAUAUUCAAUAUAGGUAUUGUAUUUGAGAGGUUAUUACCGGGAUCUAAAGACAGAACUUUCACAUCACUUGCUCAUUAUAAAGUCAGAUUAUGUGACCCGGAGCAUGUUGCCGAUCCAGGACAUGAUUCCUACAGGGGAUUUAGGAGCGAGUUUAUCCAUUUAUCAUUUACGCUGCAAUCGAACAACAGCAAUGCAUAUAAUACUAUGCAACUGACACCAGGCGUUUUUUCCGUCUUCUUUUCAUGGUGGUCCAGUUUCUCUGCCAAUUUGCCUGUUAGACGGGGUAGCCUAUUCGGAGUUCUCACCAAGAGUCCAAAGUUUGGCGAUCAUAUCCAUUCUAUCUCCUAUCGCGCGGAUAUAGCGCCAUUCUUUAUUUGCCAUACCUAUCAAAAUACAGAUACGGAAACGUAUACCUCUGAAGCAUUUGAUGGUACACUAGAAUUUGUGGGAUUAAAGGCUAAAAUGGACAAAUUUGUUAUGGAUUUACAUCAGCGGAAAGAAGUUCUUCAUGAAAGAAACAAGGGAUUAGAUGUAAUCAAACGAGUGAUGCGUUCUAAAUUUAAGGAGGGAGAUGUUUCGACAUUCAAUAUUGACAUAAGGACAAUGGACGCUGUUUUUAAGCCUAUGGCUUAUGAUGGCGGUUUAAACACUCCAGAGUAUAAUAUUUUUGAUGGGGAUAUGACCUGGUAUGAUCCAUUAGAUUUUAAGGAGUUCAAGUACCACGCUUUGGAUAAUUACGUUCCUAUUGUUACAAUCGGGCCUCUACUAUACGCUCCUAAGUUUGUAUAUCGAAAGAAGGCGAGCUACGGUGAUAAAUACCAGGUAGAUUUCAAUACCUGUGAAAGAGUAAAACCUUUUGACAAUUCUAUUUCUCAUACCUGUUGCUUAAAGCCACAAAUUGAGGUGCCGCUUGAGACGGUUGAAGAGCGUAAAGAUUUCCUUUUAAAGAAAAGACGUGAAGCUCAAAGGUUGCUUGAAGUAGCAACGACUACUAAUGAGCGUCAGCAUAUAUUGUCUGAAUUAGAUAAGUUGGAUGCCGUCCUGUCUAAAGUUGUCGAGCUAAUUGAGGCUAUUAAAAACAUUCAGAAUGAUGAGCGUGCUGAUAGUCACAACGAGAAGACUACAGAUGAAGGCUUCAAGUAUUCUAUUCGGGAUUUUGUGGAUAGAUCUACCGGUUCGGUAUCCCCCUUUGAAAAUAAAUUCUUUGUCUUUUGCAUGCAACUAAAAUGGGAUGAAGAUGCAAGGGAUGUUAUUUUUAAGUAUCUCCAUCUUUUGGAGCUUUCUUCACAGGCUGUAACAUUAACAAGGUCAAAAACUCUACAGGUUAUAGAAAGGCUUUGUCACAGAAAAUUAGCGUAUACGAAGUCGGAUGAGUCUAUUUUCAGCAGCAUUAGUGAUAUUCCGAUUGAUGGACAUGACUUGUCAACCGCUGAAACAUCUUCCGAAGAGCAGCCGAAAUCUCAAUCUUUGUUCGAGCUAUUUGAGGAGAAAAUAUACAGCCUAAACACCGACGCUCCUUAUAUGACUCACGAUGACCACUUCAUCCAAUUUGUGGCUCCUCAAAUUCAAUUGAGCACUAAGGAAUCGCCCGGAACGUGUGUGCUUGUUACUGCCCCUUCGAUGAAACUGAAAAUUAUAGACUUCGAUUCAAAUACUUCGGACAAUGAGUAUAAUGAAAAUGUCUUUAUGACGAGGUACACUGCAGCAUUGAUUCAAGCAAAUGUAUUUAUCUUCCAAGAAAGUGACUAUAAAGUCUUUGAGAACUCAUUGUUUAAUCCCAAAGGCUACGGUGCUAAAAGUACAGAAAGUUGGCAACCUUGGCUAGGACUGGAACUAUGUUUUGAACCGGAGCCCUUGCAAACUAAUACGGUUAUUAAAGAAUUUUCUUCUGUUUUCAAAUAUGAUAGAGUUUCCUCGUUUGCCAACGUGUCUGAUUUGCUUUCUGACGCAAUUUCAAUGGAUAGCGUUAUAUGCUAUCUUCCUCGGUUUGUCCUUGCAUCUGAUUCCAAGCAAUACAUUGCGUUGUACAAUAUCAUCGCAAACGUCUUUGUAUAUGUUGAACCGAACAGCGCCAGGCUGAAAAAGCAAGUUAACCAGCUAUUAUUGGGUUAUGAUCCAAGUAACCUAACUGAAUAUAUUAAAAUUGUGGAAAAGAUCCAGAGGAUGCUUGUAGCAUUAGAUGUAAUUGAGGAAGAACUAUCAUUUAAGAAAUACCUACUGGAUGAUGUAGGAGAAGCAGAUUUGCAUGCUAUUCGGAAAUCUAAAGUGGAAUCUUUCGCGAAACUAAGCAUUUUUAUGAAGGUUUUAACUUCAUCUAACGUGGAUGAGGUCACAGAAGAUAAGAAGAUGAUGUUCAUAAUGAAAGCAGAGGAGGUCAUCUUACAUAUGUUGAAGGAGAAUGGGGAACCAUUUUUGGAUGCGGCGCUUGCUAACUCUUACUUCCAUCGCAUUCAAUCUUCCGCGGGAUCCAAUAGUAAUAAAAUUGUCAUUAAUAUGUUGCAAGUGUUCAAUUUGGAGCAAGAUGUCAAAUUCCACAACCUUUUAGGUCCUCUUGAUAAAAGGGCUACAGUGAAUGAAAAACCGUUAAUCUACUUAGAAUGGGACAUGGAUAGACCAGUAGGCGGGAUAAAGGUUGUAAAAAACGUCUGGACCGAGCUUCAAGGUUUGGAGUUCCGCGCAGAGCAAGACACAAUUGAUAAUCUUAUCAGGUGGACCAUGCCAGAAAUGUUACAGGAAUUGUUAAAUAACAAUGACGACAUCUAUGGGGAUAACGACAGUCAUGCAUCUUCUAAUUCGACCAGUAGUGCCGCAGUAGUGCGCGAUAAUAUGUUUUCCUGGGCACUAUCACCGAUAAAGAACCCUCUUAAAUUAAAAAACUCUAAUGAACUACAUGAAAUGGUUCAGCGGUCAUCUGAUUAUAUGAUUAUCGAAAACAUGGUUCUCAAUAGCUUUCCGUUGGUUAUUAGUUAUCGAGGUCACGGUGCUAGGAGAAUCAUCAACGUCACAGACUUCAUGUUUACCUUCCCAAAACUACAAUUUAUCAAUCAAACUAUCACCGUGGGCGAAGUUCUCAAUGCUAUUCGCAGGGUUGUGAUUAAAUCUUUACUAAAACAUACCGGCCAGUUUAUUACAAACAAGUUGAGGAAGCGACCCCACCAAAAACAACUCUAUAUAGACACAACAACAUCGUCGCAGGACGAUGAUCAAAAGAGUGGCCAGGUGCACACGCCAUUAAAACAGAUCCAACGUUAUAAAUCUUACACAGAUGUGAACGAGCUUCGCCAAUAA